CUGAACUGGACACUACAAGGUUACAUUCUACUGACCAGUUGAUAACAGGUUUUUGAAGUUGAACUUCAUUAAUUCCAGUUCAGUGUCACUGCUGAGAAGAGACACGCUCGCGUCGUGCUUUGCAUACACACAGAUAGAUAUAUGUAUGUACAUACUAUGUAAUACAUAAAAUAAAUAAAACUCUUUGCCUUAUCGGCUUGUCUAUACUUAAAUAUAAUUUCAUAUUAAUUAGCUCUAUACAAUUUCAGUUUCAAUGAAACAUAAACAUUUUAGAAACAUAAACAAUUUCUUUAACAUUAUAAAAAUAUUUUGACACAGGAACCAUAAUAAUUUGAGUGUUAUCAGUGAAACUCUUUAUCAGUGUAACAUUUGGUUUAUUUGUAUACAAUCAUUAAAAUGGAGAUGGUAAUUGCUGGCGUAGCGGCUGCAACUGCGGGUGCAAUAUGUAAUCCUUUAGAAGUGGUCAAAAUUCGUAUGCAAUUGCAGGGUGAGUUAAAAGCCAGGGGACAGUAUGCAGUUCAUUAUAGGAACGUUUUCCAUGCAUUUUACACCAUUGCAACAAAGGAUGGAUUUUUUGCCCUACAAAAAGGAAUAUUUCCCUUCAUUUUGUACCAAUUUUCCGCAAAUUCUGUCAGACUUGGACUAUUCCAAUUGGCAAAUCAGAAUGGGCUCACAAGAAAUAAAAAUGGCAGUGUAAAUGCUUCCAAGACAUUGUUUUAUGCAACCACGUCUGGUGCAUUGGGAGGUGUGGCUUGCUCCCCAUUUUAUCUGGUUAAAACGCAUCUUCAAUCGAAGGCAAACGAAGUAAAAAUUGCUGUUGGUCAUCAGCACUCGCACGAAGGGACCUUUCACGCAUUCUACACAAUAUACAAAGAAUUUGGGUUUAAAGGUUUGUGGCGUGGAAUGUCAAGCAUGGUGCCGAGAAUUGCAAUGACCAGUGCAACACAAUUGACAAGUUUCGAGGUCAUUCAUGAAUUUACCAAGGCCCAGUUUCCUGAUCGAGUUUGGACUCCGUUAUGCCUUGCCAGUUUUGGGACCGGGUUUUUCAUGACCCUUGGCAUGGCACCUUUCGACGUGAUUGCGACAAGAUUUUAUAAUCAAGGGACAGAUGCUAACGGAAAAGGAUUAUUGUAUCGUACGGCGGUUGACUGUGCUGUCAAGACAUUUCAGAAAGAGGGAGUCCGGGGCUUCUUUAAGGGAUGGACAGCCUGCUACUUUAGGCUUGGGCCCUACGUAAUGCUUGUGAUGGUGAUAUGGGAUCGACUCAAAUUUCAACACCAGGAAUAUCUUAGAAAUAAAAUGUCCAUUCCUGACGGUGUCGUCAGUGAAGCUGCAUAGCGUAAUUAAUUAUAAUGUGAAAAUAAAUAGCGCACAAUACUCUUAUACAUUCCAAUAUUAAAUAGUUAAACUUACACCGAAAUAAAUGAAACUAGUCGAAAUUCGUAAAAUUUUA